AUGGCUGGUCUUAUCGCAGUCAGUAUUGGCCUCGGUGCCGAGAAGCUAGGACGUACAAUCUCCGAUAAAAGGCUCGAGCGAAAGGAGAAGAAGGCUAUUGCUCAACACGAAGCGAUAUAUGGCUCUUCUUCAUCGGCCCCACCACCACCAAUCACAACCCGAGAGCGGCAAAGCAGGGCGGAGAAAAAACGUGAAGAGGCCCAGCGGGCGCUGAAUGAAGCACGUCGAGAGCAACCAAGCGUGCCACAGUACGAAAGCAGACGGCCAAGUGUGGACGUAGAAAGGGUCAGUAACGAAGAACCACCGCCGAGUUACGAGGAUGCCAUGCGCCACAACGUAAGACGUUCUUGA